GUGAAGUUAAAUAGACAGCGUCACCCGGAAGUGUAUUCGGCGGCGCCUCUCCGUUCCCAGCGCUCCCGGAGCUGAAGCUAGCCGAGAGGAUGCCGUCGAAUGAAUACGACGACUCCAAGCCCAGCUGGGCCGACCAGGUGGAGGAGGAAGGAGAUGAAGGUACACUACCGUCUCCCAAGGAAACCAUCAAAGGAAACAUCAAAACCGUAACGGAAUAUAAAAUAGAUGAAGAUGGAAAGAAGUUCAAGAUUGUGCGGACCUUCAAGAUUGAGACAAGAAAAGCCUCAAAAGCUGUUGCCAGGAGAAAGAACUGGAAGAAAUUUGGCAACUCGGAGUAUGACGCUCCAGGUCCUAAUGUUGCCACCACAACAGUCAGUGAUGACGUCUUCAUGACUUUCAUUUCCAGCAAAGAGGACCUAAACGCCCAAGACCAGGAUGAAGAUCCCAUGAACAAGCUGAAAGGACAGAAGAUUGUGUCUUGUCGUAUCUGCAAAGGGGACCAUUGGACCACCCGUUGUCCGUACAAGGACACUCUGGGCCCCAUGCAAAAGGAGCUGGCCGAGCAGCUUGGGCUUUCCACCGGAGACAAGGAGAAGCCUGCUGGCUCUGCGGAGCCUGAGCCGGCACAGCCAGCACAGAACAAGACAGGGAAGUAUGUGCCUCCUAGCCUGAGGGAUGGAGGCACGCGAAGAGGAGAGUCCAUGCAGCCCAACCGCAGAGCUGAUGACAACGCUACCAUCCGUGUGACCAAUCUGUCUGAGGACACUCGUGAGACUGACUUGCAGGAGCUGUUCAGGCCCUUUGGGUCCAUCUCCAGGAUCUACCUGGCCAAAGACAAGAACACCGGACAGUCCAAGGGCUUUGCCUUCAUCAGUUUCCACCGUCGGGAGGAUGCAGCCCGAGCCAUUGCAGGCGUGUCAGGAUUUGGAUAUGAUCAUCUUAUUCUCAAUGUUGAAUGGGCCAAACCAUCAAACAACUGAGGUCCAACCAGAGUGUUUGAGGAGAAUGCCAGAUUUUAUUAUUGUGGUAAAAUACGGCUGUAACCUAAAUAAAGAAGUGAUCAGAACCAGAUUGUGAUAA